AUGUACGAUUACAUUUAUAUGAUCUUUUUAGAAUACAUCUUUUGUAGUUAUCUUAGAUUCAUAUUAGUUACAUCAUGUUUACUAUUCUGUUGUUGGUUUAUAAAGAAACGCCUGGAUUAUAACUUGAGGCUACCGCCGGGUCCAUGGGGCAUACCCUUAUUAGGUCGUCUGCCGUGGAUCAGCGGGGGAUCACCUGACGCGUACUACUUAUCGCUUAAUUCUAAAUAUGGUGAUAUAUCGUCCGUGAGAUUGGGCAUCAAUCUGGUCGUAUGCAUCGGCUCUGCGACCACUUUAAGAGAUUUAUUCAACAGAUUCGAAUCCACAGGACGUCCGCAAACGCCCUUAAACAAUCUGAUGGGCGGCUUAGGUAUCGUGUUAAGUGAGAACGUAUUGUGGCGACGCCAGCGCCACUUCCUGCACGAUAAGUUCCGAGCCCUUGGCGUAAGCAUGUGGAAGCAUCAGCGGUUGGAGCAGAUCGUUAUGGUACAAAUCGAUGAAAUGCUUUUCAACAUUAAGAAUCGACUUGGUCAGCCUGUCGACCCCGUGUUAGUACUAGGAAGGCACUUACAUAACGUCAUUUGUCUACUGACUAUGAGCUAUCGAUUCGAGGAAGGCGACAAGGAGUUCAUUGUGUUCAACGAGAGGAUCGCUAGGAGUAUGAAGUUGUACGGCUCUGUGCACAUCGGAGAACAUCUUCCGUUUUACUUAGUUCUGCCAGGUAAAAAGGCUGUGAUAGAAGAAAUUAAUCGUAACCUAACAGACAUCAGUCAAUUUCAUGCAAGACAUAUUGAAGAACGUCUCAAGACGAGAAGCGAAUCUGGCAAGCAGGAGUACAAUGAUCUUCUGGAUUAUUAUCUAGAACAAGUACAGAAGGAGGAAGAAGGAAAAUGUCCUACAAUUUUCCAUAAUGUUACACCAGUGAGGCAGAUUGUCCAGGUUAUGAACGAUUUGUUCUCAUCCGGUAUGGAGACGUCUCGGAACACCGUUGUUUGGCUUCUGGUUAUGAUGCUACGAGAGACUGUCGUCGCUGCGAGGGUCAAAGAUGAGCUGGCAAAGGUGGUUGGCGUGGGGAAUAUGGUGACCAUGGAACAUAGACAGAAGCUGCCGUACAUUGAAGCUGUUAUCUACGAAACUCUACGGCGUGUGUCCGUUGUACCACUGGGAACUACCCACGUUAAUACUGAGGAUUGGGAAAUCAAUGGCUUAUUGAUACCUGCCGGUUCACACAUCGUUCCGUUGAUCAAUAAAAUCAAUAUGGAUCCGGUUUUAUUCGUGGAACCUGAAAAAUUCUUACCCGAAAGAUUCCUGAAAGACGGCAACCUACAUCUGCCUGAUUAUUUCACACCGUUCGGAGUUGGACGAAGGAUUUGUUUGGGUAUCCACUUGGCAAGAAUUGAAUUGUUUCUGUUUUUCACUAAUUUAAUGAAUCAUUACGAGUUUAAUUUGGCUAAAGGGGAGAAACUGCCAGGGUUGGAAGGUCAUGUCGGUAUAACGCAUUCCGCUCAGCCGUAUACGCUUGUUUUUAAGAAAUUCAAGGAAUAA